GCAGAAGCCUACGAGGCCACCCACGUCCACUCCGUCUACAACGCCAUCGCGCCGCACUUCUCGUCAACCCGCCACAAGCCCUGGCCCCUAAUCGCCUCCUUCCUCACGGCCCAGCCCCCGGGCGCCACGGGCCUCGACGUCGGCUGCGGCAACGGCAAGUAUCUCCCCGUCAACCCGACGCUGCACAUCUUCGGCUCCGACCGCAGUGAAGAGCUCGUGCGUCUUGCCCGGUCCGAGCGCAGCGGCGAGGUCGUCGUCGCCGACGCCCUGAGCCUGCCCUACCGUGAGCGCUCCGUCGACUUUGUCAUCUGCGUCGCCGUCAUCCACCACCUGUCCACGGCCGAGCGGCGGCGCGAGUGCAUCCGCGCGCUGCUGAAUUGCGUGAGGCCCGGUGGGAAAGUGCUCAUCUAUGCGUGGGCGCUGGAGCAGAGCACCAGUCGCAGGGGGUGGGACGAAGGCUCGCAGCAGGAUGCGCUGGUGCCGUGGGUGAUGCGCUCAAAGGGCAAGCCCGAUGCCACGUAUCAGCGGUAUUACCACCUGUAUCGAAAGGGCGAGCUGGAGGAGGACGCCGAGGCUGCGGGCGGAGUCGUCGUGGAGAGCGGCUAUGAGAAGGAUAACUGGUGGGUGAUAUGUAGCAGUGAGGAAUCAUGAGGCGUGCUGUUACAUGAGAGCCAAAGAAAGAAAGAAAGAAAGACUAUACCCAACAUCACCAAGACUUGCAAAAAACGCACAAUGUUUCUGAUAAUGAUAAUCAUGAUAGCUAAUUUGAUUGAUACAAAGUAAACGCUGCAGAUAUGCCGUAUGCUAGCUAAAUCGAGUAGAACAAGUACAAACCAGUAAAAAGUUUUAUGCCCAGUGUAUGCCCAAUGCCAUUCUCUCCCCAAAAGCAGAAAGAAGAGAAGAAGAAUACAAAAAGAAAAAAAAAACGCCCUUUCGCUUCAUGCCCUUUCAAAACAUCUUCAUCACCUCCUAACCCCCCCCCCCCCCUUGAAUACUUCAACACGGAUACCUUUAAGAAAAAGAGUCUUCCCAUCAGCUGCCAUUGGUCCGUACCUCUAAAGCCAUAGUAGAAAAGCCCUGUGUCAUGAACCAAAACCCACCAGAAAAAAAAAGCCCAGAGUCUGUGUAGUUUUUCUUUAUUCCAAGAAGCGCCUCUAGCCGUAGACCGGAAAAUAAUAACCAGAAAGAAAAAAAAAGAAAAAAAGAGUGCGGAAGUUGAUUGACAGAGAGCUGGUACAAUAAUGACAGAAAAUCAAAUCUAGGAAAGAAAUGUGAGGAAAGGAAAGCAAAUCAUCAGAAAACAAAACAAAUAGCAGGCUGUCUUAGUGUCUGUGACCGGGCGUACUUGUACUGUUGAUACCAUCCGUCCGUGUCAGUGAGUAAUAUGUUGUCCCAUGAACCGUGUUCCGUAUUUCCCGU